CUGCGCUGAGCUGAUGUGAUGCACGCGACAUCUCCUGCUUAGCGGUAGCCUUAUUACGCGGUACUAUGCAGACAAAUUAUAUCCAGCAGCGCGAAAAAGAGUUGCGUUAAGAGCGACCGCUUUGCUAUCCAAUAUUUCGACGAAUAGGAUAAAUCCUGUUCAGAUUGGAUUGCGAGAAGCUUCGCUUGGAGAAGGCGAGAACAGGAGAGCUCAUGUACCACAAGUGAAGGUUCAAGUGGAAUUCCAUACAUACAAGAUCGGAUGUAAGUCAUCUUUGACCCACGAAACCCAAGGAUGAAGUUGCUAUGGAAACUACUUGUGCUGCAGUCAUUCAUGGGGUAUCUCGCAGUGGACAAUGUAAUGCAGGCUCCCAUUAUCACCAAGCAGCCUGGCAGCAUCGUAUUCCCAGUGGACUCCUUGGUGAAAAGCCAAGAGGUUGUGUUUAGCUGCGAAGCUCAAGGACAGCCUCCACCAAUUUACAGGUGGAAGCUCAAUGGCACCAGGAUUGAUCCAACAUUUGAUUCACGAUACACCCUUUUUGGUGGAAACCUCCGUAUCACUCAGCUGAACAAAGACCAAGACUCUGGGAUCUACCAGUGCUUUGCCUUCAAUUCACUUGGGACCAUCGUAAGCCGCAAGGCCAGCCUUACCUUUGCAUAUUUGGAAAACUUCAGGACUCACCGGAGAAGUGCGGUGUCUGUGAGGGAGGGACAGGGAGUGGUCCUUCUCUGUGGCCCACCUCCUCACUCAGGAGCCCUGACAUUCAGCUGGAUUUUUAAUGAGUAUCCAUCGUUUGUGAAGCAGGAUUCACGAAGGUUUGUGUCUCAGGAGACAGGAAACCUGUACAUUGCAAAGGUGGAGCCGUCCGACGUGGGCAACUACACGUGCGUCGUCACCAAUACUGUUACAAAAAAGCACGUUCAUGGCCCAUCCACUCCGCUUAUAUUGCGUACUGAUGGUGUUAUGGGAGAAUAUGAACCAAAAAUUGAAGUGCAAUUUCCAGAGGUUGUCCAGGUGGCUCAAGGUUCAACUGUGAAACUUGAAUGCUUUGCGCUGGGCAAUCCUGUCCCUUCCAUAAUAUGGAGGCGUGUAGACGGUGUCCCAUUUUCACGGAAAGUGGACAUGAGAAAGGCCACCAGCAUCCUGGAGAUCCCAUACUUUGAGCAGGAUGACGCUGGAACCUACGAGUGUGUUGCUGAAAACUCCAAAGGGAGAAACUCAGUGCAGGGCAAGCUCUCUUUCUAUGCUCCUCCGCAGAUGAUUGAAAAACCACAGGACAUGCACAAGGCCAUUGAUGACUCUCUAGUAUGGGAAUGUAUGGCCACAGGCAAACCCAAACCCUCUUAUAAGUGGAUGAAGAAUGGAGAAAAUGUGGAAUCUAAUGAGGAAAGGGUGCAGGUGGUUAAUGGUGCUCUGUCUAUUAGUCGCUUGGUGUUGUCGGAUGCUGGAAUCUACCAGUGUGUGGCUGCGAACAAAUACGGGGAGGUGUACUCCAAUGCAGAGCUCAGAGUCAUUGCUGUGGCUCCAGAUUUCGGAGCAAAUCUUCUGAAGAGCCACAUUCUUGUGAAGGAAGGGGGUGACGUACUGAUUGAUUGCAGGCCUAAGAUGUCUCCCCGAGGCUUGAUCACCUGGAAAAAAGGCAGCGAGGCACUAAAAGAGAACAGCAGAAUGACUGUUCUAGAUAAUGGAAGUCUGCGAAUAUCCAGUGCUAUGAAAUCAGAUGCUGGUCUCUACACAUGUGUGGCACGCAACCAGUUCGGCAUAGCAAGCAGCUCAGGGACGCUGAUGGUGAAAGAGGCCACGAUAAUCACUACUCUUCCCUCAACAUUGGAUGUUACAGUGGGUGAGAGCAUUGUUUUGCCCUGUCAGGUGACCCAUGACCCCUCACUGGAGCUCAAGUUUACGUGGUUCUUCAACGAGCAGCUUAUCCAUUUUGGCAACCAUGGAGUGUACUUUGAAAAAGUUGGUAGUCAUUCUUCUGGAGACAUCAUGAUUCGGAACAUUCAGAUGAAACAUGCAGGAAAGUACACGUGUGCAGUGCAGACCAAGGUGGACAGCAGCUCCAUUGCCACAGACCUGAUUGUCAGAGGUCCUCCUGGCCCUCCUACCAGUAUCCAUGUGGAAGAACUCACAGAUUGCAGAGCCACUCUCUCUUGGAAGCCUGGACCCGAUAAUCACAGUCCAAUUACUGCCUACGUUAUCCAGGCUAGAACCCCCUUCUCACUCGGAUGGCAAGCUGUCAGGACAGUGCCGGAAGAAGUAGGGGGUCGCCGUCUGACAGCUACAGCUAUCGAGCUUAGCCCGUGGGUAGAGUAUGAGUUUCGAGUAGUGGCAAUCAAUGAACUGGGUACAGGUGAGCCCAGCAAGCCCUCCAAGCAAGUAAGGACCAAGGAAACAUUCCCCAAGGUCACACCAGCUAAUGUGAGUGGAGGAGGUGGAAGCCGGUCAGAAUUAGUUAUCACAUGGGAGCCUGUUCCUGAGGAACUUCAGAAUGGCCCAGGUUUUGGCUAUGUUGUGGCUUUUCGACCAUACGGUUCGACAGGAUGGAUGCAGGCUGCUGUACCUUCAGCUGAGGCAUCCAAAUAUGUCUUCAAGAAUGAAAGCAUCCAGCCUUUCUCAAAGUUCCAAGUCAAAGUGGGUGUCUACAACAACAGGGGUGAAGGGCCUUUUGGGCCAGUUGUCACAAUCUACUCAGCAGAAGAAGAACCUGCCAGAGCACCUACACGUGUAAAAGUUCAGAGUCUUUCAGCAUCAGAGGUGGAAGUGACAUGGAAAACCCUUCCAUGGAGCACAAGCAGGAGACGUGUUCUUGGCUAUGAGUUGAGAUACUGGGAGAAGAAGGAGAAAGAGGAUAUGGCUAGUGUGUUAAGGACGGUGGGAAAUCGGACAUCGGCUAUUAUUCAGGGGUUAAAAGGGAGCAGCACAUACUACAUCACAGUGAGGGCAUACAAUACAGCUGGAGCUGGACCUCCAAGUGCAGCAGUCAAUGUGACCACCAAGAAACCACCUCCUAGUCAGCCCCCUGUAAAGGUAAUGUGGAACACAUCCAAUUCCAAGAUCAUACUCAAUUGGGAGCAAGUGAAAGCUUUGGAGAAUGAAUCGGAGGUCAUGGGAUAUAAGGUUUUGUACAAGCAAAACAGACACAGUCGUCCCAGAGUGAUGGAGACCAACACUACAUCAGUGGAGCUGUCUCUGCCUCCGGAUGAAGAAUACAUCAUUCAGAUCAAGCCCUUUGGAGAGGGAGGAGAGGGCAGCAGCAGCAAACAAAUCACAAUCCCCAGAAUAUCUGGUCCCAAUGCAAUUGGAUCUGCAUCCAGCGUAUCCACCCUCUCAGCCCUCAGCACAAUAGCUCUGUCACUCACAGCCCGGACGUCCUUAUGACGCAGCGCAAUCCACAUGCCUCAAACGAUAUCUUCUCGUUUGGAAAAGGAGACUCUGAGAGGAAAAGAAAAAAGAACUUGAUUUGCAGUUUGCAAUUCUGUUAAAAACAGGAUGGCUGGUCUUGAAUUUACCAAAGCUGAUAGUACUCAAAAACCGAAAGGAAGUGCGCAUAUUUUGUAUGUCAUAGCUAUAUCUUUUUUUUUUCUUCUUUUUUUUUUUUAACAAACAAAUCAAAUAGACUUUACUAUUUGAUUAAAGCAAGAGGUGUUAGCCUUUGGUGAGGUCUAAAAAGAACCUAUGAUAUGACAUAGUCCACUCUCCAGAGCUCUUAAACAUUCACUCCACCUCAGUCGUUGCACUGAAUUUCCUUCUGAAGGAAAGAAACGAAGAAAUAGGAGAUAAAGUGAAUAACUAGGAGUAUGAAAAAAUGCUGACUGUGCUGCUUGUAAAGGCAGCCAUCUUUAAAGACCAUUGUCUUUCAAUUAGCCUCUGUUAGUUUCCAUUUGAUCAUCAGAUUUUGGCAUAUUGCAAACACUGAACAAGCAGACAUUGUGUGUCUUUCCUAAUAUCUCAUAGUCUUUUUCUAUGUUCUGUCUGUUUGCCUUUUGUGUGCCUCGUCACAUGUUUUUAAACUCCUCAGGUCCUCAAAAAGCCUUAACUUAUAUUUGCUGUCUCCCAGCUGGCUAUGCUAAUGCAUUGAGAGAUUGCACAUGAUUGCUUUGGGUAGAAAGCUGGGGAUUUCCAUUUUGGGUGUGUUGGGCCAUUAUUCCUAGUCCAUCACUUCUAUUUUUCUAUCUUGUACCAGUUAUCCAUGGCUUAAGGGCAAUACAGCAUAUCAUGUAGAAGGGCCAUGGACACAUUUAGAUAUAUUAUACUUAAUAUGCUGCUGAAAUUUUGGUUCUCAUUUUUUAAUGCCAUCUGGGAUCAAGUCCUUAUAAUAUCUAGCUUGUAAUCUUUGUGAGGUGGAGAUUAGUAAAAAUGUAGGCUACUUUAAAAUGGUUCUAAGACAAAGAUCAACAAAAUGUAAACCUGCUUUUUGUAUAUUUCAGAUUGUUUAUAUAAAAGGAAACAAUAGCAAAAUCUAACGUUUCCUAAGAGUUGUUCUUGUUUUUUACAUAAUGAAAAAGAUAAGAACUGUUUAUUAAUGUGGAUAAUUGUCGCUUUGCAUGUUGGUGUAUUCUUUUCCAACCCGCUUCAUUUGGUAUUGAAUGAAUGGCUUAUGAUCAUGCAGUCAUGAGUAAGGAAAUAAGAAUUAUUGUUACCAGGGAUUUGUGUAUAUAUGUAUGUGUGCUGUAGUCAUCUUUCUGCCUCUCUGCCUUGUUCUCUGUCUGUCUCACUGUCUUUAUUUCUGUCUAUGGUGCUUUCCAACAAAGUACUUACCAUUAAAAAUGUAAGAUUAUUUUAUUUGCUGCUGUUUGUUUAUACUGGGUCACAGAAUAAAG